UUCAACAUAAAACAUAGUUUGUUAUUUUAUAGAACAAGUUUAUUGCUUCUCUCUAUAAAACCACAUAACACCAUUGCCAGUAAACCCAGUCACGUGCCAAUGUCAACGCAGACACGAGUUUUGAACGUUCAGCAAUUGACAAUCGAAGCAAUUUGGCGUAACUUAUGCAGUUCGUCAAGUUCUUGGGCGUUCCGUUGCCUGUUGCAGCAGUUUGCUUUAUUGGACAUUUUAUUUUCUUUCAUAUAGGGUGUAUUCUUUUAUCUCUCUGUGACCAUUUUCAAUUGCUGCAACGGUACAAGUUUCAAAGGUUCCAGAACGAUGAAUCUUAUUUUGAGUUGUUACCGAGAGUAUUAUUUAACCAACUAUUCCUCUUGUUACCGGCCAUGUUGCUUUUUCAAUAUUUCGGACUAGGGUUUCAGACAACUGAAGCUCUUUAUAGUCCCGUCGUCUAUUUUGUAUAUUCUUUGUGGAUGGCGUUGGGUCAUGAUAUCCUUUUCUAUUUGGGACAUCGCUUUUUGCUGCAUUCCAAGUGGGGUUUUAUGCACUUGGGUCACGACUUGCACCAUAGUACCAAGGCUACUAUUGCAAUAUCCAGUAUGUAUAUGGGAGUCAUUGACUACAUUUUAGAGAUUAUUGUUCCUUAUUUGGUUCCAAUGCUUUUUCUUCGUAGUGAUAUGUUUUUUGACGCAUUGGCUCCUUGUUUAGGAGCCAUAGGAGGACUUUAUGAACAUAGUGGUUACAAUUUUUUUCCCUACUUUGAAACUUUAUCAACUGUUGCACAUACCAUGCAUCAUGUACGUUAUAAUUGUAGUUAUAGUGACGGUGUAGGCUCCACCAAUCUGAUGGACAAUGCAUUGCAUACAGCCUAUUACCAUUAUGGCUACAAGAACAUUCCAAAAACGAGGCGAAAUCACGUCUCGACGGAAGAGUUGGAAGAUUAGGGAAAAUAGGAGGUUUGUGUGGUUAGACUUUUAUCCAUGAUUGAAGAAGUCUUUUCGAUUGGAUAAAGAGAGAAUUGCAAAUGUUCGUUUGUGAUAUUGUUUGUUAUUAUAUAUAUAUAUAUAUAUAUAUAUAUAUAUCACUAGUAAAUUUGCACCGUUCUGC